AUGGGUACACUAUCUUGCUUCUCCAUGUUUUUGCCACACGACAAAUCCUGGAACACUCCAGUCUUGAAAAUGAAAACCCUAAAUCCGGUACUCUUCCCAACCCCAAUUUUCAUUUCUUCUCUCUCUUUGAAAUGCUACUCUUCAACAACUUCUCAACAAAACCAAUUCACAAUUUCAUAUUUCGUUACCAAUUUCGGCUUCUCAUUAGAAACCGCUACAAAUGCUUCCAAACAAGUUCAUUUCAAGACUUCCCGAAAGCCUGAUUCAGUAAUCCUCUUCUUCAGAAACUUCGGUUUCUCCGAUUCUCAGAUUAGCUACAUCGUUAGUAAAGCGCCCAACAUUCUUACAUGUGACCCCCACAAAAGGAUUUUGCCAAAGUUUCAAUUUUUACUCUCACAAGGUGCUUCGAUUUCUGAUGUAGUGGAGAUUGUGGGAAGAAACCCUAGAAUUCUGUAUUCAAGUCUUGACAAUUGCAUAAUCCCUACUUUUGAAUUGGUAAGAAGGUUCAUUCCAUCUAAUGACAAAGUUAUUCGACUCAUACGUAGAUGUAGCCUUUUCUUUGGUCAUAAUAAUGUUAUUAACAAUGUCAAAUUGUUGCUUGAUGAAGGAGUCUCUGACUCAAAUAUAAGAUAUUUGUUAUUUAACGGACAUAUACUAUGUUAUGACUUAUCGAGUGCUUUGGAUAAGGUUAAGAAAAUGGGAUUUAAUGAUCCCUCCAAUGUACAUUUUUGUAUAGCAUUGUUAGCCAUAAAGGGCAUGCCGAAAUCCCUCUGGAAUGCCAAAGUUAUUCUCUUUAAGAGAUGGGGUUGGUCUGAAGAAAUGGUUCUUGAAGCAUUUAGGAGGCGACCCUCGUGUAUGCUAUUAUCCACAGAGAAAAUUAAUGAGGUCUUGAGAUUUUGGGUGAAUGAGUUGGGUUGGAACUCUUUGAUUCUUGUCAAAUGGCCGGGUAUUUUUUCGUAUAGUUUGGAGAAAAGGAUCAUUCCGAGGGCCUGUGUUGUUUCAUAUCUGAUCUCCAAAGGUAUGAUAGAUAAGAAUCUUGAAUCGUCCCCUUUUGUUGUUACUGAAAAGGCGUUUCUUAAAAAGUAUGUGCAAAGUUUUGAAGAGGAAAGACAUAAUUUGUUAAAGCUAUACCAGGAGAAAAUGGAUGGUAAGAAAAUCAAAGAAAAUGGUGAAGCGUCUGGAAGCUAUUGA